GAACAAAGCAUUGAUUAAUCACUUUCGAAUUCUAACAUUUUGCAAACUCAGCCAACUAUGGAUAUGUCAAUGGCCAGCUCGUCAAGUUCGAUGGUCAUGUCGGUGUCACCGACCAGCACUAUGUCAGGCAUGUCGAUGGCCAGUUCAACAGACUCCAUGGCCAUGUCGAUGUCAGCAACCAGCACAAUGUCAGGAAUGUCGAUGGCCAGCUCAACCAGUUCCUCGAUGUCAAUGUCAUCCGAUACAAUGAUGACUAUGGACUCUAUGGCAAUGACAUUCUUCACCUCCUCAACCACACCUCUCUUCUCAAUGGGUUGGACACCGGCUACCAUGGGCCAGUACGCAGGCACAUGCAUCUUCUUGAUCGCAUUUGCAGCAAUAUUUCGAGCACUGUUGGCUAUUCGAGUCCAUUUCUAUCAGCUGCUGGCUGCUGCCGAUACCCGCCGCAGCGGUGGAAUAGUCUAUGAGCCGCACCGCGAGGGAAAGUCAGUUCGCCGUCAAUGGCGAGCAAGAGAGGCGAUUUUGUUAGGAUUCAUGGACGUUGUUCUUGCAGGCGUGGGAUAUCUAAUAAUGAUCGCGGUAAUGACCAUGAAUGUCGGAUAUUUUAUGAGUGUGCUGGCUGGCGUUUUCAUCGGGGGUGUAGUUUUUGGCCACUACCUUGCCGACUCAUCGGCACAUUGAAAAGAAAUUUCCAGAGUUAGGGUUACAAUAGGUCUUCUGUAACGGUGUUGAGGCUGAUGAUAUAAUCCAAGUCAGUGUUGCCAUGUGCAAAAGAUGGCACCCUUGAGAUGGCCAAAGACUUAGCCAUGUCUUACACAUAGAACGUACCACGCGAAUUCAAAUCCUACAGCCAAAAGACAGUGCUGCGUACUUUGAAAUUCUAAUGAUAAAUAUAAUGAUUUAUUUCUUCACA